AUGCUGUGCGGUCGCUGUGAAGCGGAAGAUGCGGUGGUGCGCCGUUGCAAGAACGGCGUGGCGUUGUGCCGACAGUGCUUCGUCGACGCGUUCGAGGAAGACGUUCAUCUGACCAUAGUGCAGGAGGGCUUCUUCGACAACGGCGACACGGUGACCAUCGGCGUGUCCGGCGGCAAGGAUUCGGCCGUGUUGUUGCACACGCUGUACGUGCUCAACAAGCGACACAACUACGGCCUGAAUCUGUUGAUGGUCGCCGUCGACGAGGGCAUCGUAGGCUACCGAGACUCCUCGCUGAAGUCCGUCUACAGGCAGCAGAAAAGGUACGCGUUGCCGUUGAAGGUGCUUUCUUACAGGGAACUGUUCGGCCUGAGCAUGGACGAAGUGGUGUCGCGGAUCGGGCCAAAAAACAACUGUACAUACUGCGGCGUGUUUCGUCGCCAGGCGCUUGAACGGGGUUCCGUCUUGUGCAACGCAACGAAGCUAGCCACAGGCCACAAUGCGGACGACACCGCCGAAACGGUGUUGAUGAAUCUGCUGCGCGGUGAUCUGAAUCGUUUGCACCGAUGCGUUCGACCGAUCAGUGCCCUUGGCGACGGUUUGCCGCGCUGCAAACCUCUCUACCGAUGUUAUGAGAAAGAGAUCGUGCUGUACGCCAGGAUCCAGGUAUCAAAUCUUGCUGUUACUUUAACUUCAUGCCGCUUGGAUUUAUUAUCGGCUUACUAUCUCACUUUAUUGUCUGUUAGGCUGUCAGCCUCAGGUACAGAGACAAAGAGCAGUGUGCUGUAUGUCGAGUUACGCUCACCUUAG